AUGGAGGACGACGCUCCGGUGAUCUAUGGGCUGGAGUUCCAGGCACGUGCUCUAACACCUCAGACUGCAGAAACAGAUGCCAUUCGGUUUUUGGUUGGGACGCAGUCUCUUAAAUAUGAUAAUCAGAUCCACAUCAUAGAUUUUGAUGAUGAAAAUAACAUUAUAAAUAAAAAUGUCCUCCUCCAUCAAGUGGGUGAGAUCUGGCACAUUAGUACCAGUCCUGCCGACAGAGGUGUGCUGGCCACGUGCUACAAUAAACCUUCAGACAGCAAAGUCCUGACGUGUGCAGCCGUGUGGAGGAUGCCGAAGGAGCUGGAGCCGGGCAGCCACGAGUCCCCUGACGAUUCAUCAAGCACCGCGCACAGCCUGGAGCUGCUCUGUCACCUGGACGACACGGCCCACGGCAGCACGGCCUGUGUCACGUGGGAGCCCACGGGGGACGGGAAGAAGGUCAUCUCGCUGGCGGACAACCACAUCCUACUGUGGGACCUGCAGGAGAGCUCCGGCCAGGCCGUGCUGGCCAGUUCGGCCUCCCUGGAAGGGAAGGGGCAGCUGAAGUUCACCUCCGGUCGGUGGAGUCCUCACCACACUGGCACCCAAGUGGCCACCGCGAAUGACACAGCCAUCCGAGGGUGGGACGCGCGGAGCAUGAGCCAGAUAUACUGCAUAGAGAACGCCCAUGGGCAGCUGGUGCGGGACCUGGACUUCAACCCCAACAAGCAGUACUACCUAGCCAGCUGUGGGGACGACUGCAAGGUGAAGUUCUGGGACACCCGAAAUGUCACCGAGCCUGUGAAGACCCUGGAGGAGCACUCCCACUGGGUAUGGAGCAUCCGCUACAACCACUCGCACGACCAGCUUGUCCUCACGGGCAGCAGUGACAGCAGGGUCAUCCUGUCCAACAUGGUGUCCAUCUCCUCCGAGCCCUUCGGCCACCUGGUGGACGACGAUGACCUGAGUGACCAGGAGGAGCGCCAUCCAGAGGAGAAGAGCCAGGAGCCCCCACGGGACAGCGUCAUCGCGACCUAUGAGGAGCAUGAGGACAGUGUGUACGCUGUGGACUGGUCCUCCGCCGACCCCUGGCUCUUCGCCUCCCUGAGUUACGACGGGAGGCUCGUCAUCAACAGGGUGCCCCGGGCGCUGAAGUACCAUAUCUUGCUCUAG